ACUUAGAAUGGCGGAACUGGAAGGAACUAUCUUAAAACUUUACUCAUAUUUAGCGAAUCUGAGAACAUUUAAAUAAUCGAAACAAGAAAGAUGUCAGGAAUCCUUCCACGGAAGUAUGGAACAGGACCGUAUGGAAUAGGUGAUCCUGAUGAUAAUACUUUAAGAAAGGUUGAAAUAGAUGUACUCAUACCACAAGUAAUACGAGAUAGAACAAGAAAAGAGAAAUGUUUGGCACAAGUUGAAGAAUUCACAAAAUGUUGUAAAGAAAAUAAUUUUAUGAUGAUAUUCAAAUGUAGACAAGAAAAUAAUAAAUUAAAAGAAUGCUUAGAAAAAUGGUUUUAUGAUAAAGAUUUUCAGAAGGAAUGUAAGGAAAUAUACCUUCAAGAAAGAACUGAAUUUAGAAAAACAAAUAUACCAAAAAAAUCAGAAAAUAUAACUUAAUAUAACUAAAGCAAAUAU